AUGAUUAAAACUGAAAAGGUUUUGCAUUUAAAGAGCUCCCGAGGACAUAAAGUCCGUGUUGUUCGGGAACAUUACCUGAGAGAGCAUGUGCCAUGUUAUAGCGCACUUUGUCAAGCGGGAUGUCAGAACGAGGGAAAGGUGCUUUCUGGAGAUGCGACACACUACGUGGUGCCAGAUGCUGGAGUGGUGAGGGAUUUUUUGGAGGUAUUCGAGUUCAGAGAACUGCAGGGGGUCGUAUUCACCCAGACUGCCUGCCAGGCGGCGCAGCACAGCCGGGGAAGAAGGCACUAUAACAGGUUGCGGAGUCUUCUGAAGGACCCUCGUCAAGACUGUAUCCUCUUUGCCAAUGAGUUCCAGCAGUACUCCUACCAGCCACGAGAGAAGGGAGAGUCCCAGGAGAAAUGGCAAACCAGGUGUGUGUACCAUGCUGCCGUUUGGUACUAUAACCACCUGGCUGGUAUGAAACCUGUGGUGAUGAUUACAGAGGAUGGGGAAGCCAUAGCAGAGUACAGCAGUCUGAAUGGUGGAGUGUAUGUCAUCUCCACACAGGAGUAUCUGCAGAGCUUUUGGCCUGAUCUCCAGGCAGCUCAGGAGCUGUACAGCUCCAUCUCUCAGGCCCUGCAGGAGAGAGAGAGUGAGGGGACAGAGAAAGAGUAUGCUGAACACCUCCCUGCAGAAAUCUUGGAGGCGGGCAUCAAAUCUGGCAGGUAUAUCCAGGGAACUCUAAACGUGAACAAACACAAGGCACAGCAUGAGGCUUUUGUCCGUUUUGAAGGAACCACCAACAAGAACACAGAGUUGAACAGUGAUGUGUUGAUCUGUGGAGUGAAGCAUCGCAACAGAGCGGUGCAUGGAGACCUGGUUGCUGUGGAACUCCUCCUUCGUAACGAGUGGAAGGGGCGGACCAUAGCGCUGACUGACGGACAAGGGGAGGAGCGAGCAGGAGAGGAGUCGCAGAGCCAGCCAAUGCCCACAGGUCGAGUGGUUGGGAUCCUGCAGAGAAACUGGAGGGAUUACGUGGUGACUUUUCCACCUCGAGAGGAGGUGCAGUCCCAGGGUCGAAAUUCCCAGAGGAUUCUGGUCAUUCCCUGGGACUACCGCAUUCCCAAAAUCCGUAUCAGCACUCAGCAGGCUGAGGCACUGCAGGAUCACAGAGUGAUUGUACGCCUGGACUCAUGGGAGAGUACCUCUCUUUACCCUAACGGCCACUGUGUGAGAGUCCUGGGCAAGGCUGGGGAGCUGGAGACUGAGAUCCAGACCAUUCUGGUGGAGAACUGCAUCAGUGUGCCUUCAUUCUCUGAAGCCCAGUUGCGGGAGAUGCCAGUGAACUCGUCGGAGCAGCCGUGGCAGAUGGAGCCCAGCGAGGUGGCCUCCAGGUUGGACCUCAGAGACACACACCUGGUGUUCAGUAUUGACCCAAAGGGCUGUGAGGAUGUGGACGACACCCUGUCUGUGCGCGUUUUACCCGGGGGGACACGGCUGGAGCUUGGGGUCCACAUCGCGGACGUCACCCAUUUUGUGAAAGAGGGCUCGCUCACUGACCUGGAGGCCCGCUCCAGGGCCACUACCUAUUACCUGGCUGACCGGCGGUAUGACAUGCUGCCCUCCGUGCUCAGUGCUGACCUGUGCUCCCUGCUGGGUGGUGUGGACAGGUAUGCUAUGAGUGUGUUAUGGGAGUUAGAUAUGCAGUCUCUGGCUGUGUGUAAGGUCUGGUAUGGCCGCACUCUAAUCCGCUCCUCCUACCAACUGCACUACGAACUGGCCCAGAGCCUGCUGAACGGGGAGCAGGCGGAGGUACCAGAGCUAGCCCACUUAGACGCCGGCGAGAGGGACCGAAAGCUGGCCGAGCUCCUGCAGGCUUUGGAGACGCUGACCCGCGUGGCCAGACACCUCCGAGCCCAGAGAGACAAGGGCGGAGCUUUGGAACUGGAGGGGGUGGAGGUGCGGGCGCAGCUGGACGACAGCAAGAACAUCACGGCGCUGGUGCCCAAGCAGCCUCUGGAGGUGCACGAGACCGUGGCAGAGUGUAUGAUCUACGCCAACCACUGGGUGGCGCGUAAGAUCCAGGGCACGUUCCCACACCAGGCUCUUCUCCGCCAUCAUCCUCCCCCGCGACAGGAGUUUUUCAACCAGCUCAUAGACAGCGCCAAGGCCAGAGGCUUCACAGUCGACAUACGGUCAAACAAAGCUUUGGCCGACUCUCUCGAUCGAGCGGUAGAUCCACGGGAUCCGGAGGUGAAUCGUCUGCUGAGAAUGAUGGCCACUCAGGCUAUGUCCAAUGCCCUCUACUUUUCCACUGGCUCCUGUUCAGAGGAGCAGUACUAUCACUAUGGUCUGGCUCUUGAUCGCUACACUCACUUUACCUCACCAAUAAGGCGUUACGCUGACAUCAUAGUGCACCGCCUCCUCCUGACAGCCAUCAGAGCAGAAACAGAGGAGGAGCCAAGUAAGGCCCUGGCCAGUAAUAAAGAACUACAGGAGCUGGCUCAGCAAAUCAACACCAAGAACAGAGCAGCUCAGCAGGCCCAAAAGCAGUCUACAGAACUGUUCCAGUGCCUCUAUUUCAAAGACAAGGACCCGCAGAAAGACGAACGCUGUGUCGCUGAUGCUAUCGUCUAUGCUAUCAGGGCUAACGGCAUGCUGGUCUUUGUGCCACGGUACGGGUUGAAGGGUGCUGUGUACCUGAAGAAUCGGGACAACCUGGUGAUAAACGUGAAGCAGGAUGGGAGUUGUGAUUGGCAGACCGGAUCCUUGCAGAGAUACCCAGACAGGAUCAGCUCCUGCACAGGCUCAGACACACACACCUUCAAUCUGUUCGACCACAUCACUGUACGCAUCUCUGUAGAACCGUCCCGCUGUCACACUGACAGCCUGUGUCUGGAACUCAUCAGUAACCGUCCUCACCAGGCCCCAGGCCCUAGGACCCCGCCCGCAGGCCAAGGCCGAGCAGAGCUCGUGCAGGAGGUGGUACGUUUGGCGGAGGAGGCCUCACUUCAGGCGGAGGAAGUGAAAGGAAGGAGGCCGAAACUUUCUAAGGAGGAGAGAGAGUUCAGACAGAGCCGAGGGCCUAAUCUAUACUCCCUGCUGCAGGAAAUCAGUGAACUAGCACUAUUAGAUCCAUCUGCCUGUCAGGCACUGGAAACAGAGGCGCAGGUCUGUGCUACCUCAGCUUAAUGUGGAUUUGCGCAGGCUCUUGGGAAUUUAGGAGAGACAGUACUCUUCUCUCUGUACUGUCUUUAGCCACAGCCUUGAACACAAUGGUUCAGCUCCAUUCCUUUCAGGUGGUUUCAUCUCCUCAAUCUUUAAUGCUGGUCUGCUCAAAGACGGUCCUGAUUACCCCAUGUCACCGUUACCCAUCGAGUCCUAAGCUGGGAACAGUGCUGCUAAGGGAACUAGACGGUUUAAGAGUUUUGGAAUGGAGCGCACCCACACACACUCAUGCAAAGAGCCAUAGUGUUGUAGAAUGUAGAGAUAAUAGGCUGGACCAAGAUCCUGCAGGACUGCAGGAGGAUGGGUAUUUAAAUCAUUCUGGAGAUUUUUCUCUCAUUGACCUUGACUUCUAUACGUCAUAGAAGUUGAACUGAGUUUCAUAUUGGCAUUA